ACACCCCGUGCACUGUACAGCCAAUUCCCCAUCGAGACAUCGGCCCGUCCGCACGAAUCACUGCUCUGCGCUCACCCCCGCACCGAACCUCACCCCCGAUCUGAUUGAAUCAAAGAAGCGGCGGCGGCGAUGGGCGGAGACCACGGCGGUGGGCACGCCGGCGGCGACUUCCGCCAGAAGGUAUGGAGCAUGACGGGCGGGCCCUACUGCCGCCCAGUCCACUGGCGCCGUAACACCGCCAUCGCCAUGUUCGGCGUCUUCCUCAUCUGCAUCCCCAUCGCCAUGAAGUCCGCCGAGCUCGAGCAACGCCCACAUCACCCAGUCCGGCCAAUCCCAUCUCAACUGUGGUGCAAAAACUUUGGCAAGAAGGAAUACUGAAGGACCUUCCAACUAGCAUGAAGCGCGGGCACCUUGCUUCUGCCUUCUUUUUGCGAAAACUCGUGCUUAGCGAUAAUGUUGGGUGAAGUGUUACGAGCAUACUCUGGAAUGCUUCAUGUAGUGUCUUUUGAUUCUCUUUCUUUUCGCUCAAUCAUGUUAUAUGAGGAAUGCCUGUUGAACUCAAAUAAACUGGUGAUUCAAAAGCCUCUGAUGAAUUUACCUGAGGGGUUUGAAGCUGUGAUUGUAAACAUGGCAUGUUGUCCUUUGCACACUUAAUGUUGAAGGUUAAUUCAUAAUAAGCAUCAUAGUUAUAUGUGUGGUUGACUGA